AUGGUCGAACUGGAGAAGGAGGUGCUCCCGCUGCCCCCUCGGUACCGGUUCCGAGACCUGUUGCUCGGGGACUGGCAGACCGACGACAGGGUGCAGGUAGAGUUCUAUGUGAAUGAGAACACUUUCAAGGAGCGCCUAAAGCUGUUCUUCAUCAAAAACCAAAGAUCCAGUCUGCGGGUGCGAAUGUUUAACUUUGCUCUGAAAGUGCUGAGCUGCCUCCUCUAUAUUGUCAGAGUCCUACUGGACAACCCGCAAGAGGAAAGACAGGACUGGAAACUGAUCAUCUGGGUGGAUAGACCUCUGCCGCUGUGGGCACUGCAGGUCAGUGUGGCUUUCAUCAGCUUUUCAGAAACUAUGUUGCUCGUGUAUCUGAGCUACAAGGGCAACGUUUGGGAGCAAGUAUUACGUGUCCCUUUCAUUCUGGAGAUGAUCAGCGCCGUUCCCUUCAUGAUCACUGUGAUUUUGCCCUCCUUCAGAAAUCUCUUCAUCCCUGUAUUUCUCAACUGCUGGCUGGCCAAACACGCUUUGGAGAACAUGAUAAAUGAUCUCCACAGGGCAAUCCAGCGGACGCACUCAGCCAUGUUUAACCAGGUGGUGAUACUCAUCAGCACGCUGGUCUGUCUCAUGUUUACAUGCAUCUGCGGUAUCCAACACCUCGAAAGAGCGGGCAACAACUUGACCCUGUUUGACUCGCUCUACUUCUGCGUGGUCACCUUCUCCACAGUGGGCUUCGGAGAUGUCACCCCCCAGAUCUGGCCCUCGCAGCUCCUGGUGGUCAUCAUGAUCUUUGUGGCGCUCAUCGUGCUCCCCAUCCAGUUCGAGCAGCUGGCCUUUCUGUGGAUGGAGCGGCAGAAGUCCGGGGGGAACUACAGCCGCUACAGGGCGCAGACGGAGAAGCACGUGGUGCUGUGCGUCAGCUGUCUCAAGAUCGACCUCCUCAUGGACUUCCUCAAUGAGUUCUUCGCUCACCCCCGCCUACAGGACUAUUAUGUGGUGAUCCUGUGCCCAGCGGAGAUGGAUGUCCAGGUCAGGAGGGUCCUUCAUGUACCCCUGUGGGCCCAGAGAGUCAUUUACCUGCAGGGGUCUGCCCUCAAAGACCAAGACCUGAUGAGGGCCAAGAUGGACGAUGCUGAGGCCUGCUUUAUCCUCAGUAACCGGUUUGAAGUGGACCGCAUUGCUGCUGAUCAUCAGACCAUCCUCCGAGCCUGGGCAGUGAAAGACUUCGCUCCAAAUUGCCCCCUCUACGUGCAGAUUCUCAAGCCAGAGAACAAGUUCCACGUCAAAUUUGCAGAUCAUGUUGUGUGUGAAGAGGAGUUUAAAUAUGCCAUGCUGGCUUUAAACUGUGUGUGCCCUGGUACCUCGACACUCAUCACUCUAUUGAUCCACUCCUCCAGAGGACAGGAGGGCGGUGCGUGCUCGGCGGACCAGUGGCACCGAACCUACCGCCGCUGCUCAGCCAAUGAGGUGCAUCACAUUCGCCUGGAGGAAAGUAAAUUCUUUGGGGAAUACCAGGGCAAGAGUUUCACCUUUGCCUCCUUUCAUGCUCACAAAAAGUAUGGAGUGUGUUUGAUUGGAGUACGCAGACUGGACAACACCAACAUCCUGCUGAACCCCGGUCCCUGCCACAUCAUGGGGGGCUCGGACAUAUGCUUUUACAUCAACAUCUCCAAAGAAGAGAACUCAGCAUUCGUCAGAGGCCGGAGGGAGCCAUCGUGGGGUGGCACAGGAGGAAACGCCAGGGGAGUACACCAAACCAUCUACCAUGGACUCACCCGUCUGCCAGUCCACAGUAUCAUCGCCAGCAUGGGCACAGUGGCCAUCGACCUGCAGGACUCAAGCGACAGGAGCAGGAGCAGCUCCAGGACGGAGGUGGGGGGCGCUAACACCUUGGCCCUGCCUGCCAUGGGAGACUCAGCCGAGGAGCGACGGCACAGCAUCGCCCCCGUCCUGGAGCUGGUAGAUGGAGUCAACAACCCCACCUUUGACCUGCUGGGAGACCAAUCAGAGGACGAGGCAGGAGAGGAGGAGGUAACUGUGGGCUUGUGCCGCAGGUGGGUGAAGGGGUACCCGCUGAACUCUCCGUACAUCGGCAGCUCUCCUGCACUGUGCCACCUCCUUCAAGAAAAGAUGCCUUUCUGCUGCCUGCGUAUGGACAAGGCUUGUCACCACAUCCCUUUUGAGGAUGCCCGCUCCUACGGCUUCAAAAACAAAUUGAUCAUCGUGUCUGCGGAGAGCGCAGGGAACGGUCUCUACAACUUCAUCGUGCCUCUGCGGGCCUACUACCGACCCAGGAAGGAGCUCAACCCCAUUGUGCUGCUGCUGGAGAGCGUACCUGAAGCAGACUUCCUGGAGGCAAUCUGUUGGUUCCCCAUGGUGUUCUACACAGUGGGCUCCAUCGACAAUCUGGACAGUUUGCUUCGAUGUGGGGUGACUUUUGCCGACACCAUGGUGGUGGUUGACAAAGAGAGCUCCAUGAUUGCAGAGGAGGACUACAUGGCUGAUGCAAAGACCAUCGUCAAUGUCCAGACCCUCUUCAGACUAUUCCCAGCUCUUAGUAUCAUCACGGAGCUCACGCACCCAGCCAACAUGCGCUUCAUGCAGUUCAAAGUCAAAGACCAUUACUCUCUGGCUCUGUCCAAACUGGAAAAGAAGGAAAGGGAGAAAGGGUCCAACCUGGUGUUUAUGUUCCGCCUGCCCUUCGCUGCAGGGAAGGUGUUCAGUGUCAGCAUGCUGGACACUCUGCUCUACCAGUCAUUUGUGAAGGACUACAUGAUCUCCAUCACCAGGCUGCUGCUGGGUUUAGACUCCAUGCCCGGCUCAGGUUUCCUCUGUGCAAUGAAAAUCACAGAGGAUGACUUGUGGAUCCGCACCUACGGCAGGCUCUACCAGAAACUGUGCUCCUCGACUGGAGACAUACCCAUCGGCAUCUACCGGACAGAGGCCCACAAGCUUCCGGUCUCUGAGUCCCAGGUAUCCAUCACAGUGGAGGACUACGAGGACACCAGAGAACCCAGAGAGCCCCUGUUGUCCCGGACCAGCGCACACCGUAACUCCACCUCCUCGGAGCCCAUCUCCACCUCCUCCCACUCCUCCGACCACCCGCUGCUCCGGAGGAAGAGCAUGCAGUGGGCACGGCGGCUGAGCAGGAAGGGAGGUCGGGGCUCCAGCGGGGCCAAGGGGGGUCCGGGGAGUGCGGCAGAGAGGAUCAGCCAGCAGAGACUGACCUUGUUCAGGCGCUCGGAGAGGCAGGAACUCAACGCCCUAGUGCGAACGAGGAUGAAACAUUUGGGCCUUUCUCCAACUGGAUUCAAUGGGAUGACAGACCAAGGGAACAGACUGUCGUACAUCCUUAUCAACCCUUCUCCAGAUACCAGACUGGAGCUUCACGAUGUCGUAUACCUGAUUAGACCAGAUCCCCUCUCUCUGGUACCCAAUCAGGGGAGCAACAGGAAGUGCAAUGCCGGGCUCUCAGAGAGCCACAGGUUCGAUACGCAGGACAGCACCCAUCUGUGAGAGACUUAAAAAAAAAAAGAAAAAGAAAAAAAAAAAGACAAAUAUACUGUCAUACUGUCAAACCACUGCCAGAGAGAGGAGACACAACAACACACUCUUGAGGGAGAAGCAGAAAUAAAGAACUGGUUCUACGGAGUGGAAUGCAGCCCGAUGGCACAUGGCCUUCAUAUUUUCCUCCACAUUCAGUCUAGUUGAACUCAGAGGUGCCGGACAUGCAUGGACCUUUUCUAUAACGAUUGGGAAUGUUUUAUUUAUGCACCUUCCUAUUUUCAAAGCGGAGAGCUGCGGACACAGAAGUGCAUUUAAUGAAAAACUGUAUGUAUUUAUAUCUGUGUACGUGCAUGUUAUGUACUGCAUCAUGUAUGUGCGGCGUGUAUGUAUGCGUGUACUGUAUGUAUCUGCAGGUGCGUGAACGAAUGUGUACAUGUGCUUAUGGAUCAAGAGCAAGACACUGCCAAUUUUAUGCGGACAGCCAAAGGAAUCUGCUGCCAAAUGAAAGUCAAGGGAUGUAUUUUUUGUGUCCUUCUCCUUGUUGUAGGCAUGUUUCGUCACACUUAAUGUUGUUUGGCGUAUCUGGAAGUGACGCUACAGUGCAGACAUCCUGUGAGGUUUUCUCUUUUUUUUUAUAUUUAUUUAUUUUUUAUUUGGUCUUCAUAAAGCCCUUUUGAAACUGUGUACCUGUCGCUUACACCCUCAAACACACACAUUAAUUUUACGCUCACCAGCAGUGGAGGAACCCAAAGAGCACCGGUUUCAACGAUGGAGAAAAUCAGACAGCGAGCACACAUGGUCAGUGCAGGGCAUUUUUUCUUAAAGUCCCGCUUUCUCUGCUUCUGCCAGUCGGUGUGAGCCGCCCAGCCACCAGCUUGCUUUUGCUGACAUGCAUGUUAGAGAUGCAGGGGAUGGACAAAAUAAUAUACCGUGACAUAAUAGCCCUGCAACAAAUACAGUACAACCUUUGUAAAGCUUAUAAUUGAACCUUUUUGAGAGUCAGAAAUGUGUUGAUCCAACCUGUUAUAAGCUUUACAAGUAAAUAUUUGCCGUAUUUAUUGCACAUUGCUAUAAAUAUCCACUUUAACAAGUAAUUAGUUUGUUAUUUUAGUAUAGACAUAUAUAUUAUAAUUUGGGAUUCAAUCAGAAAAAAUCUUGUUUUUCUAAAAACAAGUGAAAAAUGUGCCAGUAGAGUGAAAUCAUUCUGCUUGUUUAUCUUAUGUCAUAGAUUUUCAAUUGUUUAAAGAAACAUGAGAUUUCAAUAUGCUACAGUAUUAUUGAUAUUACAGUGAAUCACUUGUUAGGGUGGACAUUUAUGCCAUUUGUUUACCAAGGAUUUGCAAGCCUCUGUAAAUCUUUUGUCAGAAGUUCUGAACGGGCCGUUUCGCACAGAAACGGUGCAGCCAUGUGGUGGGAGCGCUAACCGGCGCCCCUGCCAAACACCACUGCUGUAGCUUCAGUGCCAU